UAAUAAUAAUAAUAAUAAACAAAAUCAAAAUCCUCGAAGACACCAGGUCUCCUCCAUCCUCAAUCGCGACCCACAUGAAAAACCGUCUUGGCUCGAGCCUCCGUCAACAAGAGGAGCCGCGCCUCUACCACCAACUUUCAAGCUUCAGGACGACGAGUCCACGACAACCAGGACUCGCAGAAGAAACAUUUGGAGGGACUUAGUAGUGGAGAGUUGUUAAGAUUGCAGAGUAGGUGAUUAAGAUUCGUUUCAGGGUUUAAAUCAGCCAAAACCCGCAAUGAUUGGGCAUUUAAGGAGAAUAGGAGUGGGUAGGGUGCAGACCUUGCUGAAUUUUAGCUUCAAAGCGACAAUUGAAGCUCAAAUGAUAAUAUCUAACACACACUUUGCCUCUGUAGCAGCUUCGCCUUUGUUACAGUCAGUUCACGGUGAUGGAAAUUCAAGGCAGAAUCUGAGGAGAAACCAAAUUGGUGACAAUGUCUCCAAGAAGGAUAAGAUCAAAUUUCUCAUUACCACACUUUUAGAUCUAAAUGACAGCAAGGAUUCUGUUUAUGGUGCUCUUGAUGCCUGGGUUGCAUGGGAGCAAAAAUUUCCUAUUGCAUCAAUUAAGCAGGUAUUGAUUGCUCUUGAGAAGGAACAGCAGUGGCAUAGAAUUGUUCAGGUUAUUAAAUGGAUGCUCAGCAAGGGGCAGGGAACUACAAUGGGAACUUAUUCGCAGUUUAUACGAGCAUUAGAUAUGGACCACAGAGCAAAAGAAGCACAUGAGUUUUGGUUGAAGAAAAUUGGUAGAGAUCUUCAUUCCGUGCCAUGGCAGCUAUGUAAUCGCAUGAUAUCUAUAUACUACAGAAACAACAUGCUAGAGAAUCUCAUAAAGCUUUUCAAAGGGCUGGAAGCUUUUGAUCGUCAACCUCCAGAAAAAUCCAUAGUGCAAAAAGUGGCAGAUGCAUAUGAGAUGCUAGGCUUACUUGAAGAAAAGGAAAGGGUAUUAGAGAAGUACAAUCAUAUCUUUGUUGAGGCAGGGAAAGGGCGGAACAAGAAGCUUAGAAAUGCUUCAUCCAAGAAAAAUAAGAAAUCAGGGAAGCCAAAAAAUGAAUCUUCAGAUACGCUUGCUGAUGCUGUGGAUGACAAAAAGUUGAGUCAGAGUUCAUCAGAACAUUGCAGAUAACGUUGUCCCCUGAAUGUUUGUAAUUGCGUCCUUUACAUUGGAGAAACCUUUACAAUAUAAUUUUGGCCACUGGAACUGUUUGUUUAAUUCUUUGCUGCACCAAUGUGGAAUUAGAGGUUGCUGUGGCAAGAGGAUAAAUAUCAUUUUGUUUGUUCACUCA